AUGGACCAAACUAUUGAACGUUGCCCGCUUUGUAUUAAUGGGAAUCUAUCCGAUACAGACGUCCAUGCCGAACAGUACGACAAUUGGCUGCAAUGCGACGUUUGUUCAACAUGGUACCAUUCCGAAUGUUUAAAAAUAUCCGCCAAGGAAUGCGAUAGCAUUGAAACCUACCACUGCCCAUCAUGUACCAAAACUCACGGGCCGACCACCUAUAAACCCAAACGACGAAAGUCAAACAGAGACCACAUAAAACUGAAUUAUGCAGAUCUCAAUGAAGGCAAGACAGGCGACGAGAAGAUUUGGGGGAAACUGCUCAAUGCCAAAACUUUUGCAACCGACUGCUUUCCUCGUUACAAAGGCGAGGAGGUGACUUUGGAUCUACUACGACGAACCGGUAUGAAGGAGCCGUUCAUCGUGGAGAAAAAUGAAGGUCUCGGAAUGCAAAUGCCGCCAAACGAUAUCAAUGUGUACGAUAUAGCACAUGCUGUUGGAGAGAAUCAUCCUGUAGAAGUCAUUGAUGUCGCAACACAGUCGGAGCAACCGGGAUGGACCAUGGGUCGUUGGGCCGCAUAUUAUCACAGCGCAGAACGUGACAGGAUCCGAAACGUGAUCAGCUUGGAAAUCAGUGGGACCGAUUUCGCUGCAAGUAUUACCCGACCAAAAAUUGUAAGAGACCUCGACUGGAUUGAUCAAGCGUGGCCAAGUGAAUUAAAACCGAAAGAAUAUCCCAAAGUGCAGUUAUAUUGUCUGAUGGGCACAAGAGAUUCAUAUACAGAUUUCCAUAUCGAUUUCGGAGGAAGCUCGGUGUUUUACCAUAUCAUCAAAGGAAGCAAGACAUUCUAUUUCAUCGAACCAUCUUCUCGCAACCUGAAAAAGUAUCAAAAAUGGACCUCAUCUCCAGAUCAAACGACCACUUUUUUUGGUGAUGAAGUCAAGCAAUGUACGGCCGUUCAUUUAAAAGCAGGAAACACCAUGAUUAUUCCUACUGGUUGGAUUCAUGCCGUUUAUACGCCAGAAGAUGCUAUUGUCAUUGGAGGCAACUUUCUCCAUGGUCUCAAUAUACCCGUCCAGCUGCGGAUAGAUGAGAUUGAAAAGGCGACCAAUGUUCCAUCCAAAUUUCGCUUCCCUUUCUUCAAGACGUUGAACUGGUACGCUGCUGCUAAAUAUUGUGAGAUUUUAAAAGGUAAUUCUCGGUCACGGUAUGCUUUCACUUUUGUAUAG